ACACACAAUACCAAGUCAAAGUGUAAUACAAACUUUUAAAAAUAAUAUUUAUUACAGGAUAUAUUUGACUUCUGAAAGUUAUUGUACUCGGAAUACUUUUCGAUCAAAUACCAUCAUGAUUCCAUUACAAAAUGAUCUCUCAGUCCUUCCCUAAAAAUAAUGAUUUGUUUGUAUAGGAAGUCAUGCAAUUAUUUUAGCAAAACCAAACUCGCAGUUGGAAAUUCUGGUUGUUGUUUAAUUAGGGUCUUAAUCCUGCAAAGAAGGUCAUCAAUAUAAUGUCCCAGGCUCGCUAGCCGUAUCGUGUCGGUCAUAUCAUGUGAAAUUCGGGAUCUGGGUUGUAUUGUAUUACGCUUAAAAGAUAGCUGAAAUAGAGUCUGAGAGAGAUCACAAAUAUGAGUAGAAAUGAGGAACGUAAUGUGAUCUUGAGGAUCACGGCUUUUUUACUUUUCCUUGCUUCAUUAAUUGUGAUGUUAAUCAGCAAAAGGAGCUCUGAUAAAGCAUCAAUCUCUCUCGGGGAAUAUGGCACAACCUUCCGAUAUCAUUUCAAUGAUUACAUGCCCUUCAGAUAUGUUGUAGCUGUAAAUAUUAUAGCCUGUUCAUAUUCCGUCAUACGAAUUCUACAAGAACUUUUCGGCCUAUCUGGAGGAUUGUACUUUUAUCUGAGCUUAAUCUUCGAUCAGCUGAUGGCAUACAUAGUUUUAUCCAGUGCUUCCGCAGGCAUUGGCUGCAUAAUUUUAACAAAACAAUUAUCUGAAGGUGGAGAGAUAAAUGAUGAAGGCGUGAGAAAGUUUGUGAAGUAUGCAUCAGCCUCAGUGAGUAUACAACUUAUGGGAUUUUUGGUGAUAGCAGGUUGUGCAGUAAUAUCAGCCUCUCCUGUUAUACGCCUUUAUAAGCUAUUAAUAGUUUGGCUGCCCAGGAGGUCCGUGCUACCAAUAGUGAUCUUUAGCAGUAAGGCGGUGCUUGGCCGGGACAAUUUUGUAUUAAAUUAACAAUCAAAAAGCAUGAGAUUUUAGCCAAGUUCUAAAACCUAAAUAUCGCUUUUAGUUCUAAUCUCGGAGAGGAUAGAAGCCUUACCCUCUGAAAAUUAUGUUCGAUAAUACACGUUAAGGCAUUAAAAUAUAGAAGGCCAACGUUUUCAAAGAUGGUUUUUGUCGUGUAAUGCAGCAGUACAAAUCUUGUUUAGUACGAGUGGUUUCUAGCUGUGCCGGAAGUCAAAUACAGUGUUUCCGCAAGAUUAACAAUUGUUUUGUGUCUGUUGCUUAAUCGAAAAAACAGGGCUUUGGGAUUC